GACCGGGUCGAGCCGAGCUGAAGAUUUAUGAAACCAUUAAUUUUAUGAACAGUGAACAAAAAAAUCAAAUUAAAAAGUGUUAAAGGAAAAAAAAAAGCAAAACAAAAUCGAGUAGCGAAAAAGUGAACAAUGUGGGCGAGUGCCCGCCCAUAAUGAGUGGAAGCAAACAUGUCGAGACGUUCCGAUCGCAAUGCCAACGAGGAGGAGGAGCAGCAGCAGCAGCCGCAGCACCAGCAGCUGCAACAGCUGCACCGUGGCGCCCGACCCAAGGCACAGAAAACGCUGCACUCGAAGACUGCCAACUACAUGGAGCUGGAAUUCAGCCAAGUGGCGCACAGCUGCAGCGAGCUGCCCGUUAGCUAUGCCGUCAGUACGGUGGUGCCGGCGGUGGCGCGGGACGAAUAUCGGCAGCCCGCUGCUCCGCCCACGCCGCCGCCGCUCUCGCAAAUCCCGUCGAGGGAGUCGCGGCUGCUGCACUCGGCGCCGAACACUCCCAGUCGGGGCAAAGUGGUGCUUAGCAAAAAGGAGCGCAAGGAGCUGAGCAAACAGCUCGGGCUCGAGGAGCUCGCCGUAAGCAGCUCGGCGCAGUCAAGCCCCUACAAGGGGCGUGUCACGGAGCUGAAGAACUGCAUAGCGCGCGGCCUGUUUGCCACGUUGCAUCGCGGCUCGCAGAAGUCGUUGCAGGCGGCGCCUGCCAGCCAGGACAUGCAGCUCAGCCAGGAGCUGUCCCCGCCGCCGCCGGCCCCCGAGCUGGCCAACAACAACGAGGACGACGCGGCUGAUUACACGGAGAAGCUGAAGAACCUGCCGGUGCGCCAGCGCAAGGCGGCGACCUCGCACAUGGACAACUACUGCCUGUUCGAUCCGGUGGACUUCAUCAAUGAGAAGGCGCUGCGCUAUCCUGGCAAUGCGCACCAUGGACUGCGGGAUCCCCUGUUCAGCUCGCGGCAGCACUUGGUGUGUGAGGACGAGGAGCUGGUGCCCGAGGUCAUUUACGAUGGUGAUGAGCUCGAGGAGACGAUUAUCAUCGAGACGUCCUGCGAGGCAGAGGCCGAGACGGAAGGCAGCGCUUGUGCCUUGCCCAGCUUUGAGCAUCACAAUUACUUUGUCAUCGAUCCGGCGGACUUUGAAAUGGAGCCGGCCCCACCGGACAUUGGCAUACCCAAUCCAUUCAGCAAUGAGCAGCUCGUGCAUGCCAAGCUGGAGCGGCAGCAGCAGCAGCAGCAGCAGCAGCUGAACGAGUGCGAGUCGGCGCCCAGCAUGUCCAACAGCCAGGAGUCGAAGGACACGGAAACCACCUCAACGGCACUUGUCGAGUCCUCCACAUCCACAAACUCGGCCAGCUCCAGCAGCAGCUCCAGUGCGACCCAGCAGCAGCAGCAGCAGCAGCAGUCACUGAAGAAGAAGCUCACAUUUCUGAAUCUGUCGCCCUUUCGUCCUGCAGCCAAGAAGACCAAUCAGAAAUCCGCAGUGGAGCAGCGCGCCAUCUCGGAGCUGGUUACCACCGAUCACAUGCUGCAUCUGCAGAAACUGUUGCAGCAGCAGCGCAAGGAUCAGCGCGCCCACACGGUGCCUAUCGAGUCUAACUACGUGCUCUUCAAUCCGGGGCCCGUGCCCAGCCGCCACGUCCAGUACAAGAUACGUAAGCCCCGCCCGCUCUCCACGCACAGCGACGCCGACAGCGGAUUCCUAUCGCCUUGCUCCCCGGACGAGCUGAAGGCUAAUCCGAGCAUUCUGGUGCUCCAGCAGUGCGACAGCGUCCAGGGGUACAUUGAGAUCUACACGGACUGGGCGAACUACUAUCUGGAGCGUGCCAAGUCGAAGCGGAAGGUCACAGAUCUCUCGGCCGACUGUCGGGAUGGCCUGCUCCUCGCCGAGGUCAUCGAGGCCGUAACCAGCUUCAAGGUGCCCGAUCUAGUCAAGAAACCAAAGAAUCAGCAACAAAUGUACGACAACGUGAAUUCGUGCCUGCACGUGCUGCGGAGUCAAUCGGUGGGCGGCUUGGACAACAUCACGACGAACGACAUCUGCGCGGGUCGCCUCAAGGCUGUCCUUGCGCUGUUCUUUGCAUUGAGCCGGUAUAAGCAGCAGGCGAAGCAGACGAAGUCCAUUGGUGUUGGCUGCGCAGUUGGUGCAAGUGGUGCAGCUGGCUCAAUUGGUGGAGGCUCUGUACUGGGCAUUGGCCUGGGCGGCAGUCUGAGAGCAGCGACUGCCAACAAUUCGCUGGACAGGAAACAACAGCAGGAGCAGCAGCAGCAAAACAAGCAACAACAAACGCCACAGCAGCUGGCUCAAUCCUUAGAGAACGGCAAUGAGAUGGUGAAUCGACAAAUCGCGCCCGCCUACGCGAAGGUCAAUGGCGGCACAGCCAUUCCCCUCCCUGCGACGGUCAUGGUUCAGCGUCGCUGCCCCCCGGACAAGGUGCGCCCGCUGCCUCCCACGCCCAAUCAUACGCCAUCCAUACCGGGUCUGGGCAAGAGCGGCAGUGACUUCAACACAAGCCGUCCAAACAGUCCGCCCACCAGCAAUCACACCAUCCAGAGCCUGAAGAGCAACAACAACAGCCUGCGUCCGCCCAGUGUGAAGAGCGGCAUUCCCUCGCCGAGCAGCCUGAAUGCGCCCACGGCUCCGCAGAAGCACUCGAUGCUGGACAAGCUGAAGCUCUUCAACAAGGAGAAGCAACAGAAUGCGGCCAAUGCAGCCGCCGCGGCAGUUGCAUCCAACAAACAAACGCAACUCCAAUCAAAGCGCACCUCCUCCUCCUCGGGCUUCAGCUCGGCCCGCUCUGAACGCUCCGACUCCAGCCUGAGCCUCAACGACGGCCACAACUCGCAGCUGAAGCCGCCCAGCAUCAGCGUCAGCGCCCAGAAGAGCCAGCAGAAGCACAACACCAAGCAGUCCAAGCUGCUGGCCGCCCAGCAGAAGAAGGACCAAUGCAAGCCUAGCAAGCUGGACAAGAAGGAGAAGAGUCCCGCUCGAUCGCUGAACAAGGAGGAGUCCACGCUCUCGGGCAACGAGUCGCGCAGCUCGACGAUGGGGCGAGCGGGCAAAAACUCCCUUGCUCGCGGCUCUGCCGAGAAGAACACCCUGAAGACGUCUUCCAAGACCUCGCUGCACUCCAAGUCCGAUGCCAAGGGCUCGCCCAAGAGCCAGCAGCAGCAGCAGCAGCAAUCGCAGCUGCAGAGUCCCAGCCUGACGAAACCCAUUGCGGCCAUCAAAGGCACCAGCAAGCUGCCCCAACUGGGCGGAGCACCUGGCCCCAGUGAGCUCUACAAACGUGAAACAAGCGACAUAUCCAGCAACAUAUCCCACGACCAGCACCAACAGCAGCCGCAGCAGCAGCUGCCUUCCUCUCUUGGCUCUGCUCAACAUAUCCUCAAGGCGCUGCCCUCGAGCCCACCGCCCCCUUAUUACGCCAAUGCGCCGACAUCCUCGAAUCACAUAUCAGCUAUUUACUCCGGCAACGGCUCCCACUCCGGCUCUGGCUACCUGAGCGAACCGACCACCCCACAGCCCGGCGGCAUCUACGGCAGCAACAGCCGCCUCCCGCCGCCCAAGUCGGCUCUGAGCACUCCCCGCAAGCUGGAGUACAAUGCAGGCCCGCAUAUUCUGGCCACGCAGCGGUCGCCCAUGCAGCGCCCGAUGCACAACUCCGCGCCGAACACGCCCACCGCCUCGCCCAGCAAGUUCCACACGAUUCCGUCGAAGAUCGUGGGCACCAUAUACGAGUCCAAGGAGGAGCAGCUGGCCUCCUCGACUGCAGGCGCCUCCUCGGCUGGCGGCGGCUCCUCCUCCGCCGCCUCCUCGGUGCUGCCCAUGCGUCCGUUGCUGCGCGGCUACAAUUCGCACGUAACGCUGCCAACGCGUGGCGCGCGCGGUGGCCAGCAGCAUCAUCCCCAUCAGUCCUACCUGGACUUCUGCGAGUCGGACAUCGGGCAGGGCUACUGCAGCGACGGCGAUGCCCUGCGCGUGGGCAGCUCAGCCUCGGCCAGUCGCUAUCACGACAUCGACAACGGCUACCUCUCCGAGGGCAGCAGCGGCCUCAGCGGCGCCGGCUCAUCGGGCGGCGUCUCGCACGGCAAGCACUUUCUCAGCAUGAUGCGGGCCCGCACCCAGCUGCCGACAACCAUCGAGGAGCGCAUUCGCAGCAGUCGCGGCUCGCUUGAUAGCAUUGGCACUGCUGCCAACGGCAGCUCGGCGGCCAGCCAGGCCAGCUCCAGCGGCGGCUCCAGCACCAAUCACAGCAACAGCAACAGCAGCAACAUCAACAACAACAACAAUAACAAUAAUAACAACAACAACAACAACGGCAGCAGCAGCAGCAAAAUGGACGGCAGUCCACAUCACCGCCCGGGCUCACGAAACGGACGCGACAACUGGACCAAAAUGCCAGAGCCGCUCAACGGGCACAAGGCGGACAAGUCGGAGAAGUCGUCGCCGUCGCGUCGCAGCAUGGGCGGCGGCAGCGGCAACUCCUCCAAGCAGAGCUCGCCGUCGGCGUCCUCGUCGCGCACCAAGGGCGUGCCGCCCAGCUUUGGCUAUGUGAAGCGCGCGAAUGGCAGCAUCGCCUCCACGGCGGAGCAGCAGAACAUAGCCAUGCUGAUGGCCGUGGGCGGUGGCCAGGGCAUGGUCAACGGCCUGCCCUGCGGCCGCACCGCCCACGUGUCUGCGGUGCCGCGCACUGCCAGCGGCCGCAAGGUGACAGGCGGCACUCAAACUCUGCCCAAUGACAUGAACAAGCUGCCCCCGAACACGCAGCAUCGCAGCUUCUCGCUGACGGGUCCGACGGCCACACAGCUGAGCCAGUCCAUACGGGAGCGCCUUGCCACGGGCUCGCACAGUCUGCCCAAGCCAGGCAGCGAUUUGCACGUCUUUCAGCACAGAAUCUCGACUCGUGGCGGCGGCACUCGUCACGAUGGCUCGCUCUCUGAUACCCAGACCUACGCCGAGGUGAAGCCCGAGUACAGCUCGUACGCCAUGUGGCUGAAGCAUAGCAAUACGGCGGGCAGCCGCCUCUCCGACGGCGACUCAAUCGACCAGAUGCAGAUUGGCUCGCCGGCAAUGACUCGGCACGGACACAAGAUGCUGCACAACCGCGGCUCGGGCACAGUGGGGCAAAUGCCAGUGCAGGGCAACGAAUCGCCCUACGUGCAGAGCCCGCGCAUGAAUCGCAGCAACAGCAUUAGCUAUCUGAAAGAGCGGACAUAUCCAAGACAGAAAUCAGUGCCAACUCGAACAAGCCCAAAGUCCAAUCGAGAGCUGAGCCCCGCAAUGUCCGCGGCUAGUACCAGCAACCGCCCACCUUCCUCGCCGCUCUCGACGCCCCUCUACGAUGGCUAUGCCACGAUACGGGCCCGCGGGCUCAGCCGCUCCCGCUCCAUACGCGCCGCAGAAGCCACCGAGGCGGCGGCCGCUGCUCAGCCGCACGAGCUGCAGCUGGAGCGCAAGCGCACCGUCUCGCUGAGGAGCAACUACAGUCGCAGCUCCUCGCUGAGCGGCAACGGGGUGGAGGAGAUCUACGCGAGGGCCAAGCCUGUGCGCACGCCCAUCAUCGGGGACCUGGAGCCGAUCUAUGCGAGUGCCACAGCUACAGCAACAGCAGCAGCAUCGGCAGCAGCAGCAGCCACAACUGCAGCGGGUUUCCGGCCUCUCUCGGAUGCGUCGAGCUCCUCCGGCGGCGGCUCCAUGCCCUGCGACUAUCAGAGCGUUAAGAAGAACUCGCGCUUCUCGCUCGACUCGUUGCAGAGCAGCGCCACGCCCAAGACGCCCGACUACAACACGGCCGGCGAGGAGGAGCACAUCUUCCUCUACACGGCGCCGGCGAGCCCCAAGCGCCGGCUGGACAGUGGGCUGCGCAGCUCGUACGACAGCUCGGAGCGCGUCUGCUACUCGCCGCUGCCCAAGAUCAGCUUCGACAUGCAGGAGCGGGACGGCCGCCAGCAGCAGCAGCAUCAGCAGCAGCAGCGAGCCGCGCUGCGCCACAACUCGGUGGGCUCUGCGGGCAGCGCUCGGCUGAGGCCCAUGACGCUGUCGCUGACUGAGGCGUCCGGCUGUGGCUCGCCCACGGGACUGCCGCCGCCUGCGCCCGUGCGCCGCGAGAGCCUCUAUGCCAAGCCAAAGAUCUAUGCCACGCCCACGCGGCCGCCCACCACGAAGCGGCUGAACCUGUACGAGCUGCCCAUUGUGACGCAGCGCAGCAGCAGCACCGACCACCUGUUGGAGCGCUCCUACACCAGCCAGAGCCUGGCCACCAUCGACCAGGACGAGCUGCUGGUGGUGCCCACGGCCAUGCCCAUGCUGCCCAGCGCCGUGGACCGCCGCUACCACACGCUCGGCCACAUGCGCGUGAAGAGCAUGGCGGCUGGCCUGCACCGCAGCAUGGACACCCACGACAUCAACUCCGGCUGGCCCGCGCCUCCGGGCAACCACAAGUCGGCGGGCAACAUCUACGCCUCCGCGGAUGCGGCUGUCAGCGAUCUGAAUCGCAUGGCUCCCGAGUACAUGGAUCCGCUGGACUUCAAGAUCGGCUGCCAGACGACGCUGCGCAGCAGGCCGCUGAUACCAUGGUACGAGCUAGCUAUACGGCGCGACUUUAAGCGGCAGUCCUGCCCGCCCAUGGGCGCGUCCCUGACGUUGCCCACAUCCCCGCAGCUGAAUGAUCAGGCCCAUGUGGUGUCUGCGUUCGAGCAGUCGCUCACGAACAUGACGAAUCGGCUGCAGCAGCUGACGGCCACGGCGGAGCGCAAGGACGGAGAGCUGACGGAUAUGCGGCAGACGAUUGAGCUGCUGCGCAAGCAGUCCAUUCAGGCGGGCCUGACCACGGCGCACAUGCAGAGCAUGGGCGUGCAGACCCAGGGCCAGACCCAGAACGAGCUGAUGCUGCAGCAGAAGCCGCCGCAGGCGCCCGCAGCGAAUAGCCGCGGAGGCAAUGCGAAUGCAAAUGGCAAUGGAACUAGCAAUGGCAAUGGCCUAGGACUGGGAUUGGGAUCGGGAUUGGGCAUGCAGCGCCAACACAGCACCGACUCGAUGUGCUCGCUGAACUCCAUCAGCUCGGGCUGCUCGGCGGCGCAGGACAAGAACAAAGCCAACAAGAAGAAGGGCUGGCUGCGCAGCAGCUUCACCAAGGCUUUCUCCCGCAACGCCAAGAUCUCGAAGACGAGUCGCCAUGCGGGCCAGCACCAUCAGCAGCACCAGCACGAGCACGGCUCCAGCAAGGCAUCAGUGCUCAAUGGGCACGGACACGGACACGGACAUGGCCAUGGCCAUGGGGAGCCUUUGGGCUUGGCGGCCUUGGCCACGCAGCCGGCGCCGCCGCUGCCCGCGGCGAAUGCAUCCAGCAAGCAGAGCAGCCCGGCCAAGACGGUGACCCUGAUCGACAAUGCGAAGCCCAUCGACGCCAUCGACGGGGAGGAGCACCACGUGGUGGAGGAUCUGAAGAAGCAGCUGCGCGAGAAGGACCUGGUGCUGACGGACAUACGGCUCGAGGCGCUGAGCUCGGCCUCGCAGCUGGAGAGCCUCAAGGACAUGAUGAACAAGAUGCGGGCGGAAAUGAUGUCGCUCAAGCAGAACAACGAGCGGCUCCAGAAGCUGGUCACCAGUCGCUCCCUCGCCGGCUCCGAGGCCAGCCUCGGCCAGGCAAUCAGCCCGAACGGUUCGCUCGGAGGCGGUGCCGGCGGCUCGGACGCUUCGCGGCGCUACUCGCUGGCGGAUGGCAAUGCACGGCCUCCCAUGGAGCUGCCGCCCCGUCUGAGCGAGGAGCUGGAGGAGGAGUGCAUGCCACCAGCACCGGCCCCAGAGCCACCACCACCGCCAGCGCCCUGCGCCCCGAACGGCGCAGCGCCCCUGAGUCCGAAUACUCACAUCGACUUGACGCCACCGCCGCCAGCGCUGGAAGCUGGCCAGCUGAGCAGCCCGGUGCACAUGGCCAGCUGUGGCGCCGUGGAGGAGCUGCCCGAUGUGUGCGACGGCAAGAAGAUAGCCAUCGCCUGCUACCUGGGCCAGCCCGAGUCCUUUGCCAAGUACUGCGAGGAGAUGCUGGAGCUGGACGACUUCUAUGCCAACGGGGCCAUCAUUGCCAGCCACGAGGCGGAGCAGGCCCACGGCCAGGGCCAGGCGCAGGGGCCGGGGCAGCUGCAGCAGGGCGAGCGUCAGGGCAAUGAGUUCGUCAUCGCCUGCACCUACAUCUCGGGCAAGACGACCUGGCAGAACCUGGACUACAUUGUGCGCAAGACCUUCAAGGAUUACGUGGCUCGCAUCGAUCCCGGCACCAAUCUGGGCCUGAACACGGACUCCAUUACAUCGUACCAUCUGGGCGAGGCGAAGCGCGGCCCCGAGAUGGGCUUCCCGGAGCUCCUGCCCUGCGGCUACAUCGUGGGCAACGUGAAGACCCUCUACAUCUGCCUGCAGGGCGUCGGCAGCUUGGCCUUCGACAGUCUCAUUCCACGCAGCAUCGUGCAUCGCUACAUUAGUUUGCUCACCGAGCACCGACGCCUGAUCCUGUGCGGCCCCAGCGGCACGGGCAAGUCCUAUUUGGCGCGACGCCUGGCCGAGUUCCUGGUGGCACGGGCCGGCCGCGGCAAUCCCUCAGAGGCCAUUGCCACAUUCAACGUCGAUCACAAGACCUCCAAGGAUCUGCGACAAUAUCUGGGCCACAUUGCCGAGCAGGCGGCCAUAGCGAACGGUGCCUCGGAGCUGCCAUCUGUGAUCAUAUUGGACAACCUGCACCACGCCUCCGCCCUGGGCGAUGUCUUCUCCUGUCUGCUCAGCGCCGGGCCGGCCACCAAGCUGCCCUGCAUCAUCGGCACCAUGUCGCAGGCCACCUGCAACACGACCAAUCUGCAACUCCAUCACAAUUUCCGCUGGGUGCUCACAGCCAAUCAUAUGGAGCCUGUCAAGGGUUUCCUGGGUCGCUUCUUGCGUCGUCGCCAGUUCCAGCUGGAGCUGCAGACGCAGCAGGCACAGCCUGAGCUAGCGGCGGUGCUCGCCUGGCUGCCUUCCGUUUGGCAGCACAUCAAUCGGUUCUUGGAGGUGCACAGCUCCAGUGACGUGACCAUAGGACCACGGCUAUUCCUCUCCUGCCCGCUGGACUUGAAGGACUCGCAGGUGUGGUUCACCGACAUCUGGAACUACCAUCUGUCGCCCUACCUGAUCGAGGCGGUGCGCGAGGGCGUGCAACUCUAUGGUCGAAGGGGCGGCGCCUGGAACGAUCCGUCGGCCUUUAUACGCAACUCAUAUCCCUGGCCCUACGGACCGGACUCGGUGCCCCCGCUGCGUCAGAUCAAUGCCGAGGAUGUGGGCCUAGAGGGCGUGGCUCUCAGCAACGGCGAGCAACAGGAUCCAUUGCUGAACAUGCUUAUGCGCCUGCAGGAGGCGGCCAACUACUCGGAGACACAGGAGCAGGAAUCCGACUGCGCCAGCCUGGACUCAAACGUGACGCCCGACAGCUCAGCGGGCGCCGAGUAGAUCGACUCCACUCCACUCACAGAUCGUAACUUCUAACAUGCCAAAUUAAAUGUUUCACAUUUUUUGCUUGCGCUGUAACUAAAAGUCCCUAUCACAACCAUCAUCCACGCACACCACAAAGGAAUAUUCUUGUACUACUUUCGCGUACAAGUUCUAAAGCAGUUCCAAGAGUUUUCCAUUUGCACCAAGCCAAUAAACUGUUUAUGUACACUCAGAGAAAUGGGGACGA